ACACAGAAAACAUUUCGUGAGACAUAUGACAAGUUGAAGACAAAUCAGAAUGAGUUUGACUUCGAGAAGGCUAGACAUGAAGUCUUCAAAUUCGGGAUUUCGGGUUUGGAUCGCACGGAGAAACGUGAGGCGAAGAUAGCACACGCUAUAAGUCUCGGAGCAGUUCCCCCAAAAGGAAAGCCUAAAAACUAUAAACUACUAAUGGAUGAGAGAAAGGCUAUGAAAAAGAAAGUUAUCGAAGAAAAGGAACAAAAUAGUCAACAAAUGCAACACAAGACCAAAAUCUAUAAACAGACGAAAAAGAAGCGAAAUCCCAAUGGAGUGAAAGGCUUUGACUACCAGAUCGGCAAAUAUAGAAAUGGUGUUCAAUUUGUCGAUAAAAAACAAAUCCAAAGCAACAAAUCCAAACAGAUCAAGUCCAAAAGC